UCAGUGUGCGCCUGGGCAGGCAGGUGGGACAAGAUGGCUGCGGAGCAGGGCGUGCAGAUUGUCGGGACCCCACCCGGAUCCUUGCUUGGGAGAGGGAUGCGGGCCUUGCUGCUGCUGCUGUGGCUUGCAGCCCGCGGAGACGCACUCUACUUCCACAUUGGGGAGACAGAGAAGAAGUGCUUUAUUGAGGAGAUUCCGGACGAGACCAUGGUCAUCGGAAAUUACCGGACCCAGCUCUACGACAAACAGAGGGAGGAGUACCAGCCAGCCACUCCUGGGCUUGGCAUGUUCGUGGAGGUGAAAGACCCCGAGGACAAGGUGAUCCUGGCCCGGCAAUAUGGCUCUGAGGGCAGGUUCACGUUCACCUCCCAUACCCCUGGUGAGCACCAGAUCUGUCUUCACUCAAAUUCUACAAAGUUCUCCCUCUUUGCUGGAGGCAUGCUGAGAGUUCACCUUGAUAUCCAAGUGGGUGAACAUGCCAAUGAUUAUGCAGAAAUUGCUGCCAAAGACAAGCUGAGCGAGCUGCAGCUGAGAGUCCGACAGCUGGUGGAGCAAGUGGAGCAGAUCCAGAAGGAGCAGAACUACCAGCGGUGGCGAGAGGAGCGCUUCAGACAAACCAGUGAGAGCACCAACCAGCGAGUGUUGUGGUGGUCCAUCCUGCAGACUCUGAUCCUCGUGGCCAUUGGUGUCUGGCAGAUGCGGCACCUCAAGAGUUUUUUCGAAGCCAAGAAGUUGGUGUAGCUGUCCAUAGCCUCGCAGGCAAUCUUUCUUCCAGGCUGUGGAGAAAGGACUUAUAACCAGUUCCUCUCUGCAAGGGGGAAUGGCUUCAGCCA